GCAGAGGAUUUCUUAGUUGAUUGCUACCUAUACUCCGGAACAGGAGAGCCUCUCUGCGCGCAUUUCACCGAACACACACCAUGCACUCGCUCCGGCGCGCCCUCCGCGUCCCCACCUCCGCCUCUGGCCUGCGUCGCCUCUCCUCUAACCGCCGCGCGCCUCCGCCGUCGCGAGCCGCCGCCGGCGCCGCCACCGCGACCACCGGCGACGACGAGUGGAACGACGCCUGGGAGACCUCAUGGCUCCCGGGCGACUCCCCCACCUCUUCCCCGGCGCCCGCCGCGCCGUGGGAGUCCCCCACCUCGGGGGCCGCCACCGUCCCGGCCAUCUCCGCGGAGGUGGACCCUGACACCAAGGCCUUCGUGGCCGACAUGGACGAGCGCUGGGCCGAGCGCCGCGCCGCGUCGAGGCGGCCGCGCCCCGCUCCUCGCGCGGAGGGUGCGGGCGGCGCCGCGGCCAAGAAGGCGCAGGCCGACGAGUACAGGGCGAGGAAGCAGCGGGUGCACGCCGCGCUGUGGGUGAAGGAGAUCGAGAAGAUGGAGGAGGCGCGCCUCGGCGGCGGAGGCGGCGGCGCCGACGACAUCGACCGACUCCUCGACUCGUGCUCUGAGAUUUUCGAUUCUGGAAAUACAGAUUUUGGCGAUUCAAAGAUUCCAAGCACUGCUGAGAUCAAAACCAAGCCUGAUGGUUGGGAAACCACCUCUAGAGGACAGGAUGGUAGCAUAUGGGAUAUCUCACAGCGGGAAGAUGACAUUCUUCUCCAAGAAUUCGAAAGGCGGAUUGCUUUCAGUAAACAGCAGAUUGCUAGCUUCAUCAAAACACACAUAUUUAGCCGGAGGCGUCCUAUUGACGGAUGGAAGUACAUGAUCGAAGAAAUUGGCCCUAAUGCUAGAAAAGGGAAGGGGAGCGUACAGAGACUGCCCAGUGUGACUGAUCCUGCUACUCAGCCGUACAGGGAAGAGCCACCUGCAAUUGCAUCUGGUUCGCCAUUCAGAGGAAACCGGCCAUAAUCUCUCGCGUAUUUCCGUUGGUGUGUUUGAAGAUGUAUCAGUAGAUACAUUAUGUGCGAAAGGACAUGGUGACUUUUUCCAGCUACGGAGUGGAGUAGUUCAUAAAAUUUUGUACGGAUUGUUCUUCUGAAUAACAGCAAUGGAAAAUAUUCAAGUGUUCAAUGUUAAUGCUAUACUACUAUAUAUCAGCC